UGGUUAUUAAGGGAAGCACCAGCACCUCCUUGAUCGCGUCCCUCCUCCCUUUUUGCCCAUCGCCAUCCCACAACAGCCGGAGGAAAGGAGUCGGGGAGGGGAAAGCGAGGACACACCCGCACAUACUGUACCCGGUGUACACGGCGAGGAUGCUGCAGACAACAUGAGGUGAAUAUCAUCGACUGCCCCAAAUUGGAUUUUUUUUUUACCCCCUCUAAAGACGGAAGAGCUGAUUGUCGCAGCUGGUUAUUCACCUUCCUGUUCACCAAAGUCCAGAUGUCUGCAGUCAGAUCCUAGGUGACAUCCUGUGGCCGUCAGGACUUUAUGGUGUCGAGCCCCCUCCCUCUCCUGGCCCCUGCCUGCAGUUCUCCAGGCUGCAGGACCCAGACUCACUGAAAAGUGCAGGCCUCCUCCCCCUGCAGAAUGACUGUUGCCACAGGCGACCCCUCUGACGAGGCGGCUACUCACCCGCAGGACUACGACCCGGAGGCCGACUAUGAGUGUUGUGAGAGGGUGGUCAUCAACAUCUCAGGGCUGCGCUUUGAGACUCAACUCAAAACCCUCUCCCAGUUCCCAGAGACUCUGCUGGGAGACCCCAAAAAGAGGAUGCGCUACUUUGACCCGCUGAGGAACGAGUACUUUUUCGACAGGAACAGAACCAGCUUUGACGCCAUAUUGUAUUAUUACCAAUCAGGGGGCCGGCUAAGAAGGCCGGUCAACGUCACCCUCGAUAUUUUCUCAGAAGAGAUUCGCUUCUACGAGCUGGGCGACGAGGCCAUCGAGCUGUUCAGAGAAGACGAGGGUUUCGUCAAGGAGGAGGAGCGGCCUCUCCCUGAUAAUGAGUUUCAGAGACAGGUGUGGCUGCUGUUCGAGUACCCAGAGAGCUCAGGUCCUGCUAGGAUUAUUGCCAUAAUCUCUGUCAUGGUCAUCCUGAUAUCUAUUGUCAGUUUCUGCUUGGAGACCCUCCCUAUUUUCCGCAACGAUGAUGAUGAUAUGCACAAGUCUGUAGUCUAUUACCCUGAGACCAACACCACAGUCAUCACCUAUACGUCCACCUACUUCACUGACCCGUUCUUUAUCCUGGAGACUCUCUGCAUUAUAUGGUUCUCCUUUGAGUUUCUAGUGCGCUUCUUCGCUUGCCCCAGCAAAGCAGGCUUUUUUGGUUAUAUAAUGAACAUAAUUGACAUUGUUGCCAUCAUCCCUUACUUCAUCACUCUUGGCACAGAGCUCGCAGAAAAGCCAGACGACGGUCAAGCAGGUCAGCAAGCCAUGUCUUUAGCCAUUCUCAGGGUCAUCCGCUUGGUACGAGUGUUCAGAAUUUUCAAGCUCUCACGUCACUCCAAGGGGCUUCAGAUUUUGGGUCAGACCCUGAAAGCCAGCAUGAGAGAGCUCGGCCUGCUCAUUUUCUUCCUCUUCAUAGGGGUCAUCCUCUUCUCGAGCGCUGUCUACUUUGCCGAAGCGGACGAGCCCGAGUCGCAGUUCGAAAGCAUCCCAGAUGCGUUCUGGUGGGCGGUGGUGUCCAUGACCACAGUCGGCUACGGUGAUAUGGUCCCAACUACGAUCGGUGGCAAGAUCGUGGGCUCCCUCUGCGCCAUUGCAGGUGUGCUGACCAUUGCCUUGCCCGUGCCUGUCAUCGUGUCCAACUUCAACUACUUCUACCACCGCGAGACUGAAGGUGAAGAACAGGCGCAGUACUUGCAGGUCAACGUGGCCAAAACGGAUUCAGCCGAGGAGCUGAAGAAGAGCCGGAGCGGCUCCACCGUCAGUAAGUCGGACUAUAUGGAGAUCCAGGAGGCUGUGAACAACAGCCACGAGGACAUUCAGGAGGAGAACCUUAAGACGGCCAACUGCACGCUGGCAAACACAAACUAUGUAAACAUCACCAAAAUGCUUACAGACGUGUAGUCGUCUGCUAUUUUCCUCCCUGUCACGGCGGGAAAUGUGGAGCUGAGCAACUGGACGGGACAGGUGUACAGCCUGUGUGCUGGAAGAAUCAAGGCAAUAGAAUUCAGGAUGUUGAUAAUGAUAGACAGUAAACAAAAAAAAUAUGACAAGACCAUCCGCUCACUCCUCGCUCAUCCUGACUUCACUUCUCACAACUUGCCCUUAAAACUCCUGAUGACUGUCAAAAUUUUUGCAUUUCUGCAUGGAGUUGGCUUUUAUUUGUGUGUGUGUGUGUGUGUGUGGCUGUUUUAAAAACAUUUUCCUGCCCACAACAGUAGUGCACAUAAAGAAAAGAUAAAGGGAGAAACACAGCAAGAACAAAAAGUAUUGCUUUCAAAAAGAAACAAAAGCAACACAAGCCCUGCUUUAGUCCCCCGUCCCUCAUUUCCCAAGGCACGCUGCUCUGCCAUGCGCUUUCUGAAGAGCCCUCCUUGCGCUCUACAUAUGCUGCUUCCUGGAGCCAAUGAAACAAAACUGUCUUACCAUUUAGAAAUAAGAGGAUGUGUAAGCAUAAAGCAAACUCACUCCAGCGCUGGAAUGGCCUGUGGGUGACUUGUGACGAGGUUGGUGGUUAAGUACACCGCGUUAUUUCAAGGAUGAAUGACAGCCAUCAGCACUUAGCUCAUGGUUCGACACCUUUUUUUCCCAGCAGACAUCAGUAUCUGAUGAAUGUCUGAGAAUGGCCUUGCCUUUUCACUGCUUUGGUCUUACAUGUACUGUAUGUAUUGCAAUGCAAGCUUCCUUCCCUUCCAUUCACCCAAAACUGGUCUUACUGCAGAGCUUUGAGGACAACUUGAAUGUUUCUUCUUGUUUUGUUUGUUUUUCACAGUUUCACACACACAGACACAAACACAGACACACAGUACUUAUUCAAAUAAAUAGAUAGGUUAACUGUGACUUAACUGAUAGCCGGUAGGUAGGUGCUGUUAGUAGUAAACAUAGACGGUAGAUAAUUGCAUGACAUUUUUAUCUGAAAGAGAAUUUCCACUUGUUUCUUGACUGCCACUUGCUUCAUCACACCACUGUAUAUUUGUCUGUACACUGCCUUCUAUACAAAUCCACUCUUUUAAAAGGAUGCCUGCAGGUAGCUGUUAAAAGAACCUAAAGCUGUAUGUUAGAGGAUUUCUUAAGGAAUAAUCAUAAGGCUAAAUCCUUACCAGGAUGUCCUCGUCGAUAUUAACAUUCCAUGUAGAAGUCAUUGCGUUAAACUUUCGCUAGAAAACAGCUGAGCUGUGAUUUCAGGCGUUAUCUCACACUCUAGUUUUGGACAUUAAUCCCAGUUGCAGAUGUGAUAGACUUGCAGUGCUGUCUUUUUCACAGUUUUGUCACAAGAUCACGUCCUCAUGAUCAAAAUAGCAACGUUUAAGGAUUCAUGUAUAGAAUAAUGCUUCCCCCCCCCCCCCCCCCCCCCCUAAACUGCCUUUUUAUCUGGGUUUACUCUAAUCUGCUAGUGUUGCAUGACCUCACAAACAUUCCUAGAAGCAUGCAUUUAAAAUCAAAGAAGAAGCCAGACAAAAAAAAAGUAUAAUAUAUUUAUUUCUUAUAUAUAUUUAUAUAUAACAAAUAUGUAUACAGACAAGACACAUACUAUACAGGACACAUAUACUUCUAGUGGAGAAUUAAAAAACUUUAAAUAGCAAUGUUUAAGAAAAAAGGAAGAGUCUUCCACAAUGCGCAGAUCAUUGCCAUGUUUUGUUUUUAAUGACAAUACUAAUUGUUUUGAGCACAGUGUUUUUCUGUUUCAGAGCCAAAGACACUCUCUUACUAGCCAUUUUAAAAAGCAUAUUCUUAGCUAGUGAGUUUUAGCUACGAAAACUUUGCUUCACUUAGUAUAAAAAGGUCUUCUGUGAACUAAGUGUUGAAAGGCAGGGUGUUGUUUGAAACGGUAUCAUCCCUAAGCUGAGCCUUGUAUCAGAAAGAUUUCCAUUGAUGUUAAAUUGGUAAGAAUUUAAAUGGAGUCUGGCUGUCCCCUGAGAUUUGAUGCCAGAAGCUCAAUCUGUCUUUAAAAGUUGGCAUUAGGAUGUGAAUUAGGUUCUGAUUCUAGGAUUGUGUCCAGCUGAGAUUCAUCCACUGUUCCCUCAACACUGCCAAGGUAACGGUUAAAGGCAGUAACGUCAAUAUGGGGAGUGAUCAUUAGCAGCAGUCUGUAGUAGAUAUUGGCUAACAUAGGGGUACUCUGACUUCACUCGAGUCUCUUGCCUUUCUUCAUCUCUUCACAGAUGUCUUCGGUAAUAAGAAAGGGGAUGGAUUAUUAGAAGAAGGUCCGUAGCAAGAAAUGUCCGCAUUAAAUCUGUCAUGCUCGGAUGUCCAUCUUUAUUCUUAGGGUUUCAUUCUGCUCACUACAGUCUUCAACUUGCAGUCGCAAAAUGUUUUAACACCAUCGCUGCCAAUAUGUGCUCAGGAUGCCUCGUCCAACUGCCUGACACGAGGCUUCUGAAGUUGUCUCUCUGUCCAGAUCUGUGUCUGCUUUCAUGCAUCUUGAGGGUUUUUAGAGAAGUUCAGUCAGUAAACUGGAGCCGUUCUAUGUGUUGCUUUCUCAAGAGUAGCAGUUAAAGGUGGAUUGAGAUGUUAGAAUGGUCUGUAACUCGAGGUACGACAAGAUUUUGUUUAGCAAUAUUCCCAUAAUCCUUUGGUGGAGGGGUCUGUGUGGAGAACAAAACAAAAGAAAGAAAGAAUGAACUUUAAUGGACCUCCACAGUCCAAUCAAGAUCUGAUUGAUCAUCAGUUGAGUAUUGUUGCGGGUGUGUUGUUGCACAGCUAUGUAGGAGUUGUCUGUGCGUGUGUGUGUGUGUGUGUGUGUGUGUGUGUGUGUGAGAGAGAGAAAGAGAGAGAGAGAGAAAGAGAGAGCCACAGAAUGUCAGUGUCUUAGCCUGGUUGUACAGCUGCAUUUAUGCAACAGACAUUUGCAUAUCUGUAUAUGUGAAGAAAAAAAAACACUCACAGUCUGACCAAAAAUAUUUGUCUAUGCAUGCAAAUGCAUUGUAUCUCAUUGUCUUCAUUCCAUUGUUUUGGAUAUAUAUAUAUAUCUAUAUAUAGAUAUAUAUCAUAAAAGUUACAGAUACAUGCAACAUUUAUCUGUAAUGUAUGAAAUUGGGCAUGUCACUGUACCUCAGACAUAUUCACUGUAGCAACUCAUACACUGGAGUUCACGUCGUAGUUGAACGUCGACAGUUAAUUCUGCUUAAAGCACAAAGACGAGUAGAAUCAUGUACCUGCAGAUUUCAUCUGUAAAAUAUUUUUUAUUCAGUGGAAACAAAGUCAACUAAAAAGAUGUUGUGUUGCUUUAUGGGGAGCACCACACCACAGUCAUCCCUGCUGAGGGACCCACCAGCAGAUCCGCUUCAUGAGAACGACGCCCAACAGUGAAUACACUGAGAAAUCUAUGCAGAGAACGAUUAUUAGCUGGUGGUUGAGAAGGUUUAAGAACGUUAUGUUUUAUUCCGACACCAAUUACAUGUUGGUCCUGAGAGCUGACUGCGCGUUGGAAACGAACCCUGCGAGCAGAAGAGACACACUUUGCAAUAUUCUGCUGCUGUACGUCAAACACUCGCACGUUGGCUGAAUGUGAAUAUGAGCUUUGUGAACUUGUUUGUUUUUGAACUGCGACGUCAGCUCUUUGAGACAAGGCUCCUACAUAAAAGAAACUCGUACAUAUGGGAAACAAGAUGAUCAAUAUGCAAUCUGUAUGCAUGUGUGUGUUUGAGGACGAACGCUUUCUUUUCGUUUGACCCGCCCUCCCCCCAAAGAGCCUGAUAGUGUGGCGUCCACUGAAACAAUAUGUGCAGUUGUCCACCCCCUCCCUCCCCCCCACCCCCCAUUCCCCCCCCCCCCCCCCCCCACAUCAUAGAGGCCUGAAAGCAUCCAUCAACGUUGGUACAGUGGAUAAUGGAUUUUCUUUCUAUGAAAUGAAAUGUGAGAGAAUAAUGUAAAUAACUAAUGGAUGACGGAGCAAAAACCAUGUACUAUAUACUGUAUGUGAAGUCUGGAUUUAAAACAUAGUAUUAUCUGCACUUUACAAGACAACAAGGACAAUCUAUGGACAAGAAAAACAUGUGAAAUUAAAAAUGCAUAUAAUCCUUCCAAAUGAUCAUAACCCUGACGAAGUAAUAUCAAUAAUGAAGCCAAUAAUAAUUCAACUGAAAUGUUGUGUUCAGUGUGUUUUAUUGUGUGUCACUUUUCUUUUGCUU